UAUAUCAUCAUUAUCAUCGUCGUUAUUAUUGUUACCAUCACCAACCACAGUCCACCCGCCUUGAGGCCGCCGCUCCGUGUGAUGUUUCCCGACCACCAAGACCAGUUUUAUUAUUAACAGCGACUUCUUGAGCCCCUUGCUGAUGCUUCGGAUGUUGCUGAUUGAGCGUUGUCUGUUGAUGAUUACUGUAGGACUGGUGAAGACUGCUAGACUCCCCGUGUAGUGAUGAUGCCGACGAUGAUGUUUACUGUAGGCCGAGUUUGAGAAUAUUGCUCCUGAUGAUGAUGAUGCUGCCGCUAUUGAUGUUACUAUUUGAGGAUGAGAUGAACGAGGAGGUGGAAUCUGUGAGGCUCCGUGCUGAGCGCAGGAGAAAUCGACUCCUGCAGAACCCAGAGGAGAGAAUGAGGAAAAUCCUUGGGCAUGGAGACAAGAAGGCGAGAGACACUGGGAGACCGCAGGACCCUGAGAAGGAGGGGGAGGAGGGGAUCAAGGGGGACGUGUCUCCACCACAGACUCAGCCAAAGAUGCAGACGAAGGAGCAGAAUGAGGAGAAGGGGGGGUCCCCCACCCACCCCGCCCAUGCCACUGAGCAUAGCCCCACCCCUCGACUCAGACUUCCACGUACGCGUGGGCCAAGCAGGGCCGAACUUGGCGAGAGGUCUCUAAGCGGUGGGCAAACCCCUCCGAGCGGCCUCGAGAAUUACUUUGCUCAGCUCGACCAAGUCCUGAGGGCGGAGGGAUAUGGUGGUGGUGGUGGUGGUGGAACAGAGGAGGGAUUUUUCCGGCGUCGUAAAGAGGUUGGAGGUGGCGUGGAGGAGGAGGACGAGGAAGACGAGGGGGAGGUUUUCCGUCUGCUACGUUUGCUCUGCAGUGCGAUGCUGGCCCUAUUCGUACGGAUUUUCGUCGUCCAGUACCUGUCCAUAUUCGCUCCGUUCCUGACUCUACAAGUCGCUCUGAUGGGCAUUGGAAAAUUCUUCCCACAGUACGAGCGGAGGGUUCCCAGAUGGAUGCCCACGGAGCUCACUCGCAUCCUCACGGGGAACUCGAGGCAGCGAAGUGUAUCCACGGGAGACUGCCCGACCAGCCCCUCCGCCACCACCCCCUCCGCCACCGCAUUCCCCCCGUCGGCCGCCACCGCCCUGCGGAACCUCUGGAGCCCGUCGGCUAUCGGCAUCGCCGGCCAGGGCAGCUCGCUCUCGGCCCUGCUCCCUCGGCUCUUGCGCUUCUACGCGCGUCUCACGGACGCCUGCGCCGACCUUGCCGUCUAUUUCUUCACAAUCCUGGUUUGCCACGAGGGCAUGCGGGCGCUCGGCGCGGAGAUGGAGCAGGAAGAGUAGGGGUAAGGAGGGGCAGGGGUGGAGGAAAAGGAGGGUGUGAGGGAACAGGAUGAGAUGAAACAACGGCACGAGAGGGAGGUGGAGGGAGUUCGAGUCCAUUACAACUAGGUCUGCCACAGUAUUCCUCACGAUGUCAGAUUUCGCGAUAUGAUUCUCACGAUAUCUGUUUUCCAUUAGUUUGUGGUAUUUAUUAUUGUGUUGUUUUGUGCUUUGCUGUCAUUUCAGUCAAAGUUCUUCAACUGCAGUGCACACAACAUCAGCCUGCCAUGAGUCUUUCUAUUCAUUACAAUCUGCAGUGCACAUGCUGUCAGCUACACAAUAAAUAAGCAAUUACAAUAACUUCUAAACCUAUGACAUCGGUUACUCCGGAAAACUUUUUGUAAAGCACUAAUUUAAUUCGCGAGAGCUAUUUAUUUAGAACGUGGUUAAUUGUGCUUUUCAUUUUGUAUAUAUUUUGUCAGGAAAGUAAAAUUUUGAUUUAGAAUAUGUUGGCCAAAGUAACCACGAUGUCACGAUACUUUGCAUAGUGGGCGAUACGAUUCUCGUGGUCCUUGUAUCAUACGCCAUCAUAGUAUCGCCACACCACAGAAACCCUCGUCAGAAGUAGAGAAUGAUAGUAGAUUAGGAGGGAAUGAGAAGAUUACAUUCGGAGAGAAGUGGAAGACUAAAAGGAGAGAAUGAGAAGGCAUAUACUAGAGAAUGAAUAUAUUAGGAGGGAAUGAGUAGAUUAAAGGAGGAAAUUAGGGAAGCGUUUAUUAGAAGUACGGAAGUAGGGAGGGGGUGAUACCUUUUUCCUUUGAGACUAAGGUAAGUUUUACUACAGCUAUCCGUCUUGCAUGCGACAAAAGUAAAAUGGAAAUUACUGAAGGUUGAACCAAUGGUCUGCAACGACACGAUGAUAAUAAAGGUCAUAAAAAUGAAA